AAUAAAUGUCGUUUUCAAUUGGAGAUCAAAUACACCGAUUAAAUGUAAUACUAAUCAAUAGAAAAAGUAUCACUUUUAACAAAAACGAUGGAUCUUAUGUUUCAAUGAGAAAUAGGUAAAACGUGUUGGGUUUAAAUCAAAUGUUCAACAUUCACCAAGAACUUUCUUCGAUUAUUAUUUAUUCUGAUUAUUACAAAAUGUUUCUUGUAAUAAGAAACCGAAUAUUUCAAGAGUCUGGGAAAACUACAAAAAAUUCAUUGGCAAGAAAAGCAAUGUUUUCGAGGAAAUGAUCAUAAAUCCAAUAAAUUGCCACAAGUUAUCUAGAGAAAUGGUUUCAUACAAGGAAACUAUUUAUUUCUGGUCAAUCAGAAUUAAAAUUUUCUUCUUCACCUGUAGUAAAAGAUAUUACAUCAAUUACUAUGACUGCUGAAGAGAAAGAUAUAGAAUUUGAAACAAUUCAAUCUGAAUUUUAUACAUUAACAUGGUUAUAUAAAAAUGCUCCUUGCUUUGCCACAAAUGGAUCUAAGAUUAAAAUAAUUCAUGAACCAAGUGUAUUUUAUUCCACUCUUGUACAAAAGUGUAAAAAUGCAAGGAAAAGGAUAACAUUUGCAUCAUUAUAUUUAGGCACAGGAAAAUUAGAAUCAAAUUUAGUAAAUGCUGUAAAUGAAGCUUUAAUUACAAGUAAUGGUAAUGUUGAAGUUAAAAUUUUGAUAGAUUUUAUGAGGGGAUCUAGAGGUAAAUUAAAUUCUCGUAAAAUGUUGGAACCAUUACUUAAUGGAAAACAUGGUCAUUGUUGUCAGAUUUUCUUGUAUCAUACUCCAAAACUUCGUGGGUUCUUAAAAAUGAUUACACCAGAUCGUUUCAAUGAAUUGAUAGGAUUACAACAUAUGAAAUUGUACAUGAUAGACAAUGACAUAAUAAUUAGUGGUGCUAACCUUAGUAAUGACUAUUUUACAAAUAGACAAGAUCGUUAUUUUGUAAUUGAAGAUUGUGAAGAACUUUGUGAUUUUUAUGAUGAGCUAGUCCAAAGAGUGGGAGAAUUUAGUUUUCUACUUAAACCUGAUGGAAAUACAGUAUUAAAUCCUGCUAUGAACGUCAAUCCUCUUAAGGAUCCUAUUACAUUCAUUGAAAAAGCUGCACAUAGUGUGAAAGCUUUGUUCCAGAGAGAAUUAGAAGAAUAUUCUGAUCCUGAAAAAAUAGCAAAAGAUUUAGAUGUAGAUACUUGGAUUUUUCCUUCGGUACAGAUGGGUCAAUUAAACAUUUAUCAUGAUAGCCAGAUAACAUUGAAACUUUUACAGACAGCUCCGCCAGGUACAACACUCAAAUUAGCAACUGGUUACUUUAACUUAACUUCAGAGUACAGUGAAGCAUUGCUUAAACACUGUCAAGGAACAUGUCAUUUAUUGACAGCACAUCCAACUGCUAAUGGUUUCUUUACUGCAAAAGGCGUUGCUGGUUGCAUUCCGGCAGCAUAUACAAAAAUAGAGGAGGCAUUUGUUAAAUACUGUAACAAGUUAGGACAACAAAAUAGAGUAAUUUUGUGGGAAUUUAUUAGGCCAGGAUGGACGUAUCAUGCUAAAGGACUUUGGUAUUCUUUACCAGAACAAGAAAAGCCUUGUCUCACGCUUAUUGGAUCCCCUAAUUUUGGUUACAGAUCUGUCAACAAAGACUUGGAAACUCAAAUUACUAUUGUAACCAAGAAUAGAAACUUACAAAAUGAAUUACAAAGAGAGCAUGAACGUUUGUUUUCAUGCGCAAAACGUGUAACAAAUAAAACAUUUUUUGAACGGGAUAGAAUUCCUCCGAGUUGGGUAUGUGCUGUCGUUGUUCUGUUUCGAUAUUAUUUUUAAUAUUAUGUCUGUUUAAUGUUUACCAUUUGUAAUCUAAGUCAUAAUUUGUAGACCGGUGGCAUUUAUAUAUGCUAAUCGUUUUCUAAUAUAAAUAAUCGUAUGCAUUAAAACUAUAAGAAAGAAUA